AUGUCUCAACUUCCAAUUGACCGAUCAACUUGUGAAAUGAAAUUGCUCAUUUCUUUGGCUUUAUUCGGCGUAGCGCUGGCGAUGCGGCAACAAUCGGUGGCCGUUCACGGGAAAUUGAUGUGCGGAUCGAAACCGGCAAGCGGCGUGACGGUGAAGCUGUGGGAUGAGGAUGAUGGCCCGGAUCGGGACGAUGAGCUGGACAAGAAGCAAACAGAUGGGAAUGGAGAGUUUCGAUUGCAGGGGACAACUCGCGAAUUGACGUCGAUCGAUCCGGUCUUCAAGAUUUAUCACGAUUGUGAUGAUGGAAUCAAGCCUGGUCAACGAAAAGUGAAAUUCCGUAUCCCUUCAUCGUACAUCUCAUCUGCUUUCCGAUUUCAAUCAGUUGCCGUCACGGGAAAAAUCUUUUGCGGUGACAAGCCGGCAGCACGUAUCCGCGUGAAAUUGAGAGAAGCGGCUUUGGUUGAGCUUUUCGAUGAAGUGUUAGAUCAAGGAUUUACUGAUUUACACGGCCAUUUCCAUUUGGAGGGUUACAAGGCGGAACUCUCGCAAAUCGAGCCGUAUUUCCAUGCGCAUUACGAGUGCAAUGAUGGAGAAUUGAGGAAUUCGAAAUGCUGUGGCAAAUUGAGAGUGGCGAUUCCAAAGGAUACACUCGGCGACGGAAAGAAAUCGCCAAAAGUUUUCGAUUUCGGUGUGCUGAACUUGGAGACGAUUUUCGCGGAAGAGAAACGAAAAAAGGAGGCGCUUAAUGAAGAGGAUGAU